AUGGCAUCUGCAUCUGCAUCUAAUGCCCAAGAACCCCUCUUAUCGAAUGAUUUGAAUCAGCCCGGUGAAGAAGAGGAGGAUGAUGAAGAUGAAGAUGUCUCUAUACUCCUGGAGAAGAAUUUGAAGAGACCAGGGUUAUUUGUUUGGUUACUUACAUUUUCGGCGGGAAUUAGUGGAUUAUUGUUUGGGUACGACACCGGCGUAAUAUCCUCCACCAUAAUAAGCCUGCACACCUCACUCGGCCGCCCCCUAACAACCCUCGACAAAUCCCUCAUAACCUCCUGCACCUCCCUCUUCGCACUCCUCAUCUCUCCACUCUCGGGUCUCCUCGCCUCCUCUCUCGGCCGCAAACGCGUUGUCCUAUUAGCAGACCUAGCAUUUGUGCUCGGUGCCCUUAUCCAAGCCGUCACUACCUCCGUAUGGGGCAUGAUACUCGGUCGCAGUAUUGUUGGACUCGCGGUUGGGGCGGGGAGUUUCGUUACUCCGUUGUAUAUAAGUGAGUUGGCGCCGUCGAUGUGGAGAGGCAGAUUGGUCGUGUUGAAUGUGCUGUUUAUUACGUUGGGACAGGUGGUGGCGUAUAUAGUUGGGUGGGCGUUUGUGGAAUGGGGGACUUUGGAGACGGGGUGGAGGUGGAUGGUGGGGUUGGGAGCGGUGCCGGCGGCGGUGCAGAUGAUGGUUAUGAUUUUUAUGCCGGAGACGCCGAGGUGGUUGGUGCAAGUUGGGAGGGUGGAUGAGGGGAGGAGCGUGUUGAGUAGAGUUUUUGGGACGGGGAAGGAUAUGCAGAAGAUUGUAGAUGGGGUGUUGAAGGGGAUUGAGAGGGAAGUGAGAGAGGAAGAUGAGGCGAAGAGAUCAAGAGGGAUGAUGAGGAAGAAUAAGGGAUCGGAAGAUUCCUGGACAAGUGAUGCGAAAGAUAGUUGGGAGGAAUUAAUAGGCAUUGGAGGAAAUAGGAGAGCUUUGACAAUUGCUUGUCUAUUACAAGGUCUACAACAGCUUUGCGGCUUCAACUCCCUAAUGUACUUCAGCGCCACGAUCUUCACCAUCCUUGAAUUUUCCUCCCCAACCCUCACGUCCCUCUCCGUCGCCCUCACUAAUUUCAUCCUAACUUGUGCCGCUCUCAUGCUCAUCGACCGUAUCGGCCGUCGUCGCAUCCUCCUGCUAUCGAUCCCAAUAAUGAUCAUAGGACUCCUCCUCUGCUCCAUCGGCUUCCACUACAUGAAUUUCCCCUCCACCCUCUCCCCAAGCACAUCAUCCACAUCCACAUCCUCCUCCCCCUCCUCACCCUUCCCCCCCAUCCUAAUCCUCACCUCCAUAAUUCUCUACACCGGUUCCUUCGCCCUAGGCCUCGGCAACGUCCCCUGGAUGCAAUCAGAGCUCUUCCCCCUCUCAGUCCGCUCCCUCGGUUCUUCACUCUCCACAUGCACAAACUGGUCUGCGAAUUUCAUCAUCGGCCUUACCUUCCUACCCAUGAUGGAUUUGCUAACUCCAACCUGGACUUUCGUCGUGUAUGCGGGUGUGUGUGCAGUGGGUUGGUGCUGUAUUUGGUGGAUUUAUCCGGAGACGAGGGGCCUGGGACUCGAGGAGGUGGGGCUGCUUUUGAGGGAUGGGUGGGGCGUGAGGGGAAGGAGAAUAGACCUGGCUAGAUAG